CGUAGCUCAAACUAGAGCACAACAUGCACAUGUGAGAGCUGCGUGGUGGGGAAACACACGUUUUACUUGUAAUUCCCUUUACUGUUAACGCGAGGAGAGACUUCGGGUGUGAAGUAUGAAUGAACAGGGACACUAUCCUCCUCCUGACUUCGGCUGUCCGCCUCACAGUUCAAUACAAAAUGACCAGCAGAUGCGGAAUAGUGGCUUCCACCCCAGCAUGUGGAGCUGGGGAGAGACGUCCUCCCACAGCGGCCAGCAGGGAUGGCAGCACGGGGAAGAGCCUGGUUUCCCAUCAGGUCGUGGAAACUACGGGCAAAAACGUCCACACGGUCAAAACUUUGGUCGCGAAUGGCAUCAAGGGGGAAGACAGAAUUAUGGAGCCCCCCACAAUCAUGGGAAAAAGCAGAAAAACAAGAAAGAACCAGAGUGCCACUAUUUUUGCGACACCUGUGACCGCGGCUUCAAAAACCAGGAGAAGUACGAUGAGCAUGUUUCUCAACAUGUCAAGUGUUCUGUGCCAGACUGCAGCUUCAUGGCUCAUGAAAAGAUAGUCAGCAUCCACUGGAAAAACAACCAUGCACCAGGCGCUAAAAGGAUCAAGCUGGACACACCGGAUGAGAUUGCGAAAUGGAGGCAGGAGAGGCGCAAAAACUAUCCAACACUUCAGAAUAUGGACAAGAAGAAGAAAGUGAUGGACUACCGAGAGGAGACAGGAGCCGUUUUGGAGACCGCUCAGUUUGGGCGGAUGAGAGGCAGGGGGCGGGGUCGAGGCCGUGGCUGGGGCAACAGAGGGUUCCGUGGGCGUCACCCUCAAGGCCCUCACCCAUCGGACAGCGGUGAAGCAGGGAGACCCCCGCCCCUCACCCAGUCCCACAAGGACUGGGAUCCACUGGGAGCACUGGCCAGCAGUGAUCAUGAUUCUGACCGAGAGGACCCAGUUGAGUCCCGGCCUGGUGGCCUGGUUGUGGCUCCAAAAAAGAUGAGCUCAGCUCUGGGCUCCCUGGUGGCCAACUACGGCUCCAUGAGUGAAAGUGAUGAGGAACCAGAAGCCACCCCUAUUCAGAGAGCCAAAGACCUUUUGCAAGAAAACCAUGCUCUACUCAACACGGUGCCAGUAAAGUCUCAAAACAGAGGACCCUCUAGAGGCCCGGAAACCUCUUCUCAGGUUACAGAGGCCCUUCACACACCUAACGGCAGAGGGGGAAGAGGGGGAAGAGGAGGAAGAGGGCGAGGAGGAAGGGGAGGAAGGGGCGGCAGAGGAGGACACCAAGAUACACCGCAGACGCAUCGCCCCACUCUACUGGAGAUGUUACUGGCACCAGAUAUCCGCCACGAGAGGAAUGUCCUUCUGCAGUGUGUGCGAUAUGUUGUCCGAAACAACUUCUUUGGUCUGGAGAGCAGACCUCAGGACCAGACGGGGGUGAUGGAUAAAGUCACACCAGCUAUCCCAAAUGGAGAGCGUGCAGGGAGGCAGGAAAAGCCGUCGGUUGAAGCCAAGGCUCGGCCUACCUCUCUGGUUGGUGCAGAGAGAAGUUCGGCAGAAGUUAAUAAUCAGGAGCAGUUAGAAACAAGUAAAGCUGCUGUCGUUGACCAGUACUUGCAUACGCAAUCAGAACCAUCCAAGGAUCCUCCUGUGGACUCGGCAGCAAGUGCGGAGCCGGUUGCAGGACAUUUCAUCCAAAAUGCCGAAGAGACUACCGUCAAAGACUGCACAGAUGAAAUCAGAUCUACCUCUAAUAUGUAUGAUGAAGAAAUAUGGGAGAGCGCUGAUGCUGUAAUGUCCUAGCAAAUUACUUAAUCUUAUUUAGUUCUAAAGCAUGAAAGUGAGACUUUUGUAUUUCUAAAGUUAAUGUUAAUACUUUGAAAUGUGUUAUUUUUCAAGGACUAUUAUUUUUGAUGUGUUAGUUUGACUAACAAUAUCCAGUUCUAUUUUUGUAACAUGCUUUAUACUGAAGGUAUACAUUUUUUUUUUCUCAUGGAAUAAAUCAUAUAAACUAUUGAUCAAUUAACAGUUGUACAAAUGUUUGUUACAUUCUAUUUCAAGCUCGAUUUAUGGAUAGGUUUAUGAUGAACCACGUGUGGUUUUUGAGUGGGAAAAUGAAAGGAAAGCCAUGUUAAUUAUGGGUAUUUUAGCUCUUCAUUUCUUCAUAUUUGAUCAUGUUAGGAUUGAUUAAACCAUCCAUGUUGCAAAUUAUUCUUUUAUAGUUGCAGACAAACUGUGAUAUGACUUGGUUUUUUUUAAUAAACAAU